AUGACCCUCGAAUCCGCCCAGGACAACCGCCCGCUGGGGGUGGCGCGGUCUGCGAUUGAGCAGAGUCCCCUGCCCCAGCCGCGAGAGAGCGGGGAUGCUUUGCUCUCAAAAGAUUCCAAUCACCCUCGGGUGGCUGCAAAAUCGUCGCCCUUUGCGAAAUCAUGGGCGCACUUCGUCGCUGGCGCCAUGGGCGGUACAGCCGCCGCGACCUUGACAGCGCCAUUCGACGUGUUGAAGACCCGGUUACAGUCUGACUACUACCACCAGCAAUUGCUCGCCUCCCGGGCUGCCCGCGGCGUCCCUCCUCCGUCGACCAUGUCGUUCACGCGCAGCGCACUCCUCCACUUCCGUGAAACGUUCCAAAUUCUCUUCGCCAUCCCUCGCACAGAAGGCUGGCGAGCGCUGUUCAAAGGACUGGGCCCGAACUUGAUCGGCGUAGUUCCCGCACGCGCAAUCAACUUCUACACGUACGGCAACGGCAAGCGCGUGCUUAGCACAUAUCUCAACGACGGAAAGGAAUCGGCCUGGGUGCACCUUUGCGCCGCAGCAACCGCCGGCGUCGUGACGGGUACCGCGACGAACCCCAUCUGGCUGGUCAAGACGAGGCUGCAGCUCGACAAGUCGCACGCGAAGUCCCAGGGCGGCAGGCAGUACAAGAACGCGCUGGAUUGCACCAUGCAGACGAUUCGGCAAGAGGGAAUUCGCGGACUGUACAAGGGUCUCACGGCGAGCUACUUGGGCGUGUCGGAAAGCACCAUGCAGUGGGUCCUGUACGAGCAGAUGAAGCUGGGUCUUGCCAACAGGCAGAAGAAGCUGGAGGCAUCCGGUCGCGAGCCUAACGCUUGGGAUAAGACGGUUCAAUGGACGGGAGGCGUUGGUGCAGCCGGAUUCGCGAAGUUUAUCGCGACGAUUCUGACGUAUCCUCACGAGGUUGUGCGGACGCGUCUGCGGUUGGCGCCGAUGGAGAAUGGCCUCCAGAAAUACACCGGCCUCGUCCAAUGCUUCAAGCUUGUCGCCAAGGAAGAGGGCCUGCUGGGCCUGUAUGGUGGAUUGACUCCCCAUCUUCUGCGUGUGGUUCCCAGCGCAGCCAUCAUGUUCGGAACAUACGAGAGCGCUCUCAAGCUCAUGGGCGCCACUUCCCACGUAUAA